GUUGAUUGUAUCUUGCUUCGAAUAGCUUUAAUAUCUGCGCGAACAGCGGGCGAGGGGUGGAUAAACCCUUUCAAGGCAGGAAACGCGCGGAAAUUUUGGUCGGUACUUAGUCUCCAGGUUUGCUCAAAACCCGGAAGUGCUGGCUUCGCGCUGAAGGUGGACCUCCCACUGCGGUUGCAGGGCGUCUCAAGGCCGCGCAGCAGGAGCAGAAGUACACACCUCGCAGCACACACCUGGACUCUGUCGGCAAUCAAACCCGUCCUCGCAUGGCCGGAGAAGUUAGCACGACAGCCAAGCUUUGUUGCCCCCUUCCGUGCACAGCGUAGCUUCAACCCUGCUCUCGGGUAGCGCACAUUGGGUCCUCGGCAGGCCAGAAGCUGACCGCCAGCGCUCGUCCGGCACUGACACGGGACUCCUAUUUGGAGUCAUCGGCGGUGGCUAGAGCAUUCAGUGCUGUGGUGACUGUGGUCGUACGGCCGCCUCGGUCCCAACACAAGUGGGCAUAGACAUACACCUGCCUUCAAGCCGCAGUCGGUGGCCAUCGACCAACUUUGUUUUGGUGAAGGGCGUGCUUGCCGCGGUGGUGGUGGCGGUGGUGUGGACUGCGGAAGGGCCACCACGUGCUGUGGGCGGCGCGACUGAAAGUCUCAGUGGCUGGGCGCCGCGCGAUAAGCAAACAUGAUACUAAUAACCUUUGAGGAAUCCAUCGGCUACCUCGGCGUCUAUGUGUUCCUCAUGGCGGUGGCAGGCAGCCUCAUCGUCGGGCUGUACUACCUGGCGGACCUGGUGGAGGCAAACCUCAAGACCACCAAGAAGGUGGUUGUGUACACAGCCCAGGGGCUGCUGGCGGUGCUGGGGCUGCUGUGGGUGCUGGAGGGAGUGGAUGUGUGGACCAUGGUGCCGACCAUUGCGGCGCCACUGGGCUACUGGCGUGUAGUGCACCGCACCUACCCUUUCAUCUCGCCCAGUGACCCCGUGCUGCUGCUGUCAGCUGGCAUGACGCUGUGGGCGCACGGCAUGUGGAUGAAAUAUCACAUGAGCACGUUUCACCACAUCUCUGUAGUGCUUGGGUUCUUUCUAGUUGUUGUGUGGCUUGUUCCCUUCAUGAUCCUCAUCUCCCUAGCCGCAAACGACAAUGUCCUGCCGGGCGUGGCAUCUGGCAUGCCCACGGCUCUGUACCAGUCAUCGGGCAGCGGGAGCGGUGGGGAGGGUGGCGCGGGGAGAGGGUCAGAGCGGCGGGGCAAGGGCACGCGCACGCUUCUGGCUAGCUUGUUCGAUGGCUUUCGGGGGCAGGGGGCGCCGGGCCGGCCAAAGGAUCGGAGCUAUUGAAUUGGGAGGCGGAGUAGGGAACGGGGUGCAGUAGCUGGGCAAGGGAGCAGGGGGGGAUGUGUAACGCAGCAUCCAAACGCUGUCAGGACGAGUGUUGGGGAGGAUCGCACUGUUCGGCUUGUUGUCGCCGAGGGUUGCCAAAUCCAGUUGCAGGGGCACCCCUGUCCAGUUGCGUACGCAAUCAUGUCUAGCGAGAUGGAUCCCCAUAAUUGCUCAUAAGGAUAAGGACUCCGUCACGUCUAGGUACCAGCGGUUGGGGCAGUAUUUCUGUGUGACAUGUACGGGCGCAAGGCUCCUGGCAGGCUGGGAGAGGUCAGGGCAGAACUCAGCCCGUACUAGCCUGCCUCAGCCCAUAUGCGACGUUAUUGACUUGACGUAUGGGAAAGGCCAAACAGCACACCAACCGCAAGGGUAGCAAGGUAGUAACGUCCGCAGCCGCGGCCCCAAACCCCGGCGUCCAAGAUUCAGCCCUCACGAGUCGGUGGCGGGGUGGAAACUGCGAACUCGGGAAGCGUGGCGGCGGGGUGUAACUGCUUAAGGUCCACGGCAAGCCCGCAACGUGUUGUAGCGUUUCACAGCCCCGACAUCCAGGGCCACCAGCUGCUGGUCAAUUGUGAUCAGUGUCAUUGUUAAGUUUCUGUGCCUC